GACCUUACACACAAGGUUGAAUGCAAAUACCCCCUGGAGUGGGCCUAGCUCAGCUCAGGGAGGAAGCCCUGCCUGAAAAAACUGCAGCCUAGGCUGUCACUCUUCAUUCAGCCCAGUAUCUAAUCACAUCUUCUGUCACUCAGGGCCUGAGAGGGUGGGGUUUUAAACGUUAUCCAAUCAGCGACGCUGGGCUGUGAACCGUCCAAUCAGGCACACAGCUGGAGCGGACAGGACGGCUUCCGGGAUAUGGCGGGCCCUUUGUCUCUCUGGGCAGUCAGAGCUCCAGGUUUGGUUUUUAAUUCUGUGUCUCCUGCUCCUGGAGGCUCAGCCUCUGUGGCCCUGUGACCUGCAGGCAUUGAGAGAUCCACAGCUAAGAUGUCAGGACCCCCUGGAAGCCUAGAAAUGGGGCCGUUGACAUUUAGGGAUGUGGCCAUCGAAUUCUCUCUGGAGGAGUGGCAAUGCCUGAACCCUGCUCAGCAGGAUUUGUAUAGAAAAGUGAUGUUAGAGAACUACAGAAACCUGGUCUUCUUGGCAGGUAUUGCUGUCUCUAAGGCAGAUCUGAUCACCUGUCUGCAGGAAGAAAAAGAUCCCUGGAAUAUGAAGAGACACAGUAUGGCAGCCACACCCCCAGUUAUAUAUUCUCGUUUUGCCCAAGACCUUUGGCCAGAGCAGGGCAUAAAAGAUUCUUUCCAAGAAGUCAUGUUGAGAAGAUAUAGAAAAUGUGGACAUGAAGAUUUACAGUUAAGAACAGGAUGUAAAAGUGUGGAAGAGUGUAAUCUGCACAAAGAAGGUUAUAAUGAACUAAACCAGUGUUUGACAACUACCCAGAGUGAAAUAUUUCAAUGUGAUCAAUAUGUGAACAUCUUUUAUAAAUUUUCAAAUUCAAACAUAAAUAAGAUAAGAUAUACUGGAAAGAAACCUUUCAAAUGUAAAAAAUGUGACAAAUCGUCUUGCAGGCUUUUACACCUAAGUCAACAUAGAAGCACUCAUACUAGGGAGAAUUCUUACCAAUGUGAAGAAUGUGGUAAAGUCUUUAACUGGUUCUCAACCUUUACUAGACACAUGAGAAUCCAUACUGGAGAGAAGCCCUACAAAUGUGAAGAAUGUGGCAAAGCCUUUAGUGUAUUAUCAAACCUUACUAGACAUAAGAGAAUUCAUGGUGGAGAAAAACCCUACAAAUGUCAAGAAUGUGGCAAACAUUUUAAAGAGCACUCACACCUUACUACACAUAAGAGUAUUCAUACUGGAGAGAAACCCUACAAAUGUGGAGAAUGUGGCAAAGCCUUUAGGGUACUCUCAAUCCUUACUAAUCAUAAGGUAAUUCAUACUGGAGAGAAACCCUACAAAUGCGAAGAAUGUGGCAAAGCUUUUUACCUAUCCUCACACCUUACAUCACAUAAGAUAUUUCAUACUCGAGAGAAAUCCUACAAAUGUGAAGAAUGUGGCAAAGCUUUUUACAGAUCCUCACACCUUACUACACAUAAAAGAAUUCAUACUGGAGAAAAACCCUACAAAUGUGACGACUGUGGCAAAGCCUUUAGGGUACUCUCAAUCCUAACUAAUCAUAAGAUAAUACAUACUGGAGAGAAACCCUACAAAUGUGAAGAAUGUGGCAAAGCCUUUAACCGGUCCCCAAAACUUACUGCACACAAGGUAAUUCAUACUGGAGAGAAACCCUACAAAUGUGAAGAAUGUGGCAAAACCUUUAGGGUACUCUCAAUCCUUACUAGACAUAAGAGAAUUCAUGGUGAGAGAAAACCCUACAAAUGUGAAGAAUGUGGCAAAGAUUUUAAACAGUACUCACACCUUAUUACACAUAAGAGUAUUCAUACUGGAGAGAAACCCUACAAAUGUGAAGAAUGUGGCAAAGCCUUUAGGGUACUCUCAAUACUUACUAGACAUAAAAUAAUUCACAGUGGAGAAAAACCUUACAAAUGUGAAGAAUGUGGCAAAGCUUUUAACAGGUACUCACACCUUACUAUACAUAAGAGAAUUCACACUGGCGAGAAAUCGUAAAAUGUGAAGAAUGGCAAAGCUGUUAACUGAUACUCACCCUUGUACACAUAAGGCAAUUCACGCUGGAGAGAAAUCCUACAAAUGUGAAGACUGUGACAAAGGUUUCUAUUGAUUGUCAUACCUUACUAAACUUAAGAUUAUUCAUACUGGAGAUAAAUUCUACAAAUGUGAAGAAUGUGGAAAAGGCUUUAUUGGUCCUCCGCCUGUACUAAACAUAAAAGAAUUCAUACCAAAGAGAAAUCAUAUAAAUGUGACGAAUGUGAUAAAGUUUUCACUUCUCAACCCUGACUACACAUAAGAUAAUUCAUGCUGGAGGGAAAUCCUACACGUCUCAAAGCUUUUAUUGAUUCUCAUGCCUUACUAAACUUAAUUAAUAUAGUAGAGAAAUCAUACAAAUGUAUAGAAUGUGGCAAAGCUUUUAACAAAUUCUCAUCCAUUACUAAACAUAAUUUAUACUGAAGGAAAAACCUAUAAAUGUGAGGAAUGUGGCAAAGCUUUUAACCAGUGUCCCCAACUUACAGCACAUAAGAUAAUUUAUACUGGAGAGAAGCCCUACAAAUGUAAAAAAAUGUGGCAAAGCUUUUUUUUUGAGACAGAGUUUUGCUCUUGUUACCCAGGCUGGAGUGUGAUGGCGCGAUCUCGGCUCACUGCAAUCUCCACCUUCUGGGUUCAGGCAAUUCUCCUGCCUCAGCCUCCUGAGUAGCUGGGAUUACAGGCACACACCACCAUGCCCAGCUAAUUAUUGUAUUUUUAGUAGAGACGGGGUUUCACCAUGUUAACCAGGAUGGUCUCGAUCUCUUGACCUCAAGAUCCACCCGCGUCUGGCAAAGCUUUUAACCAAUCUUCAACCCUUACUACACAUAAGAUAAUUCACGCUGGAGAGAAACCCUACAAAUGUGAAGAAUAUGGCAAAGGUUUUAACCAAUCCUCAAACCUUACUAAACACAGGAUAACUCAUACUGGAGAAAAAUCUUACAAAUGUGAAGAAUGUGGUAAAACCUUUAUCCAGUCCUCAACUCCUACUAAACAAUAUAAUUCAUACUGGAGAUAAACCUUACAAAUGUUAACAAUGUGGCAAAGCUUUUAACCAGUCCUCAAACCAUAUUGAACAAAAUGAUUCACAGAGGAGAAAAAUCUAACAAAUGUGAAGAAUGUAACAAUACCUUUAACCAGUCCUCAAUUCUUACUAGACAUGAAAAAAAUUCACACUGGAGAGAAAUCCUAUGAGUGAAAAAUAUGGCAAAGCCUUUAACUAGUCCUCAGUUCUUAAAAGACAUGGAGAGAAACUCUACAAAGCAGGAAGAUGUGACGGUGCUUUUGAAAACACCUAAAACUUUUCUAACCAUAAAAGAAAUCAUAUUGAUGAGAUUUCAUAUUGGUUAUAACAAUACAUUUUACCCUAAAGAAUGCUAUGUAAAUUAAUACAUAAUGAGAUAUUACUCAUUUAUGAACUGGCAUUAUUAAUAGUUAAAUAUUUGUAUUACACAAAAUGAUCUACAGAUAUAAUGCAACCUCUAUGGCAUUACUAGCAAUAUCAGAAACUUAAUUAUGUCUAAAUUAAAUUUUAAAAAUGUAUUAUAUAAAAAAUACAAUCAGUACAAACACUAAUUUAAUUUUAAAUAAAACAUGUUUUCUUCUCAUGAUAA